ACUUCCCUCACACCAGCUUUUGGGAAUAGCUUAAUGGUCCAGAGGUGGAUCCAUUCCAGUUAAAGUAAGCCAAGAUUCUGGGGGUGGGGAAGGUGGAGGGAGAGGAAACAAUAAGACUUUAGUCUGAGCAAAUGCUCAUGUGAAUUGGGAAAGGAAGACUGAGGAAUUUUUGAUGCCCAGCAAGGACCCAAAGGGGAGUGGUUUCCUGAAGACUUCUCACAGGUAUGUUAAGGUUACAAGAGGGGAAAUUAUUUGUAGUGCAUGGUGUCUUUUAAUGCAUGCUGUUUCUGUGAAAGAAAUUUCUUUCCCAUUUAAAUUUGCAUGGUCUCUGGAAGUGCCGCUGUGACUGUGGCUCACAAAUCAUGUUACGUUACAGAGAAAACGUAGCUCUCCCAUGGAAAAAAUGACAAUGUGGAGAUAGUGCUUGCUGCUGAUUAUGGUAUCCCAAAGAAAAAGUGGCAAAAACAGGAUAGGAGGGAAAUGUCUCACUGAGGGAAAUCCCAAGUUGCCUGAAGUCUCAUAUAAUAAAGACCUGUCAGUAUACCGAAAACCUAAAGGAAAGGGAUAGGAGGAAUGAAUGAAUGACAUCUAUUCCCUUUUUAAAAUUCAAAAACAAAGAGAAAAUAUUGUGACACCUUAAAAACUAGCAAGAAUAUUACUUUAUUCAGGCAACCCAAGUUGGGUAGCCACCAAAAUGUAGAAUCCAGAAUUUGUCAGGCAAAAAUGUCAAACAGUUCAGGAGGCAGGACUGUCGAGAAAACACACACUCUUUGAAACCCUUUGCUCCGUCCGCCUCAUGUAUAGAUUUCUGCUCCCUCUCCUUUUCCUUGUUAUUCCUACGAGUUGUGCUGAUAAAAAGUGACGGGAAGUUUAAUCUUUGUCCAAGCCACUGAAUACAUACAGCUAUUAAUUUCUCCUGCCCCCUCUUCCACUCUCUGCUCUUACAUUUUCCCAUAUGGUGACUUUGGAAAAUUCCUCUCUGCAUAGGAAAGGACAGGAAAUUCUCUUUGGGAGAGAGAGUUGCCUAUUCCUCUCUCCCCCCCUCUCCCUUUCUAGUUCUGCUGAUCACAUCUGGAAAGGAUCUGACUUGGGAAAGGGGGAAAGUGUUCGGCGCUUCGAGUGUGUAAUUGACAUGGCAUGAGCAAGCGGAGCCUUUGGGGGGGCAACAACAGAAACGCUUUUCUCCAGACACUCAUCACUACCAGCUGAACAGAGGUGAGUUUUUGUUUUCUGCACUUUUUACUCUCUGACAAUAGCAUGACAACUUGGAGGGCAGAGAACAGCUUCUUUGGUUUUUUGUUUUUGCCGUGGCUGCUUGAAAACUCAUUAUGCACACCUAAACAUGCAUAACCUGCUAAUUGGAGGGUGUAACAGCACCUUACAGCAAGAGAGCCACAGGCACUGUGCAUGUCUAAUUGCUUUUUCUGGAAAACAACCCCUGAACCUUCCAAGCGCUGCUGGGCACAGAAUUCACCACCGGUGCUGCAGAUACAGGGCUUUGGGAGGCAGAGAUGCUAUUCUGGACCUCAAAACAAAACCAGUAUGUUUUGGCUUCUUAAGCAGAAGAAACUUUAUACAUCUCGCUUGCUGUACUUUGCUGAGACAGGCGCAGGAUUUGAGCCAAACUUUGGUGGACUCUCUUCAGAGACAAAACCAAAGUGAGACAAUAAACCUAGGAUAAGUUUAUGUAACAACUUAAAGAGGAGGGGGGAAACCCAUCUUAAGGCUUUCUUCAAACUGCAAAAGAAAUCAGAAUAGCUUGCCGGGUUUGUCAGUCUUGCCAGCAGAUUUUUUUUUUAUCCCAAGUGUCUUUCUUUGGUACCGGAGUAGUGACUGCUACAAAAGCUCAAGACAGAUUGAUGUCAGUGGCAUGGGUUCCUUCUAGCUUCAUAGUGGUGUGGACCAGGCAAAACUCUGCCAAGAAGGAAAAUUGAAUAAUCUUUGUAUGACUUUAUACUCCAAUAAAGCACACCUGAGGUCAAAUGAGAUGCUCCCACUUUGAAGUGAGUGCAAUUGCCAUUAAAUACUCAUCUGACACAUUCAGAAAUUUACAAAUUUGCUGCAGCAUACACAGCAUGUCAGGAAGAUACGCAGUAGUGGGUGUUGCAGUCCCAGAAAAGGAAGUCAUUUAAGGUUUGAUGAUAGAAACUGGAUUGUGGACAAUAAACAGCUUGGAUCUGGUUCAUGAAACUUAGCCGGAACAAAAUCCUCCUCUUUGGGGAUAUUCUGCAGACAAUGGUUUAACUAUUUGCUCUGUCACAUGCUUACUGAGUUGUUAUGGGCAAAAGCCUCUCUCUCUCUCUCUGAAAAUGGAGAAAACAAUAAACAGGGAAGUAACAUGCAAUUGUUUUGGUGGCAUAGAAUCACAGAAUUGGAAGGUAUCCUGAGGGUCCUCUAGUCCAACCCCCUGCAAUGCAGGAAUCUCAAUUAAAGCAUAUGUGACAGAUGGCCGUCUGUUGCACAUGGUUAGAUAAAGUUACAAGCUGAGUUACAGUAAGCCAUGAGAAUCAGAAGGUUGUAUGAAAGGACUUACAGAAGAGGUGGGUUUCAAGGAAGAAUUGGAAGAGGCAGCACCACCCAGGUGUUGGAACUGGAGGAGCAAAGCUCGCAGGCAGCAGGGAUAUAUUAGGAAUGUCAGUGAAAAAGAAAGAUAAUGCAGUGGCAAGGGCAAGGAGUUUGUGCUGGAUCUGGGAACAGACAGGAUGUUAGUGUAAUGAUUUAAGGAGUUGGGGACACGUGGCCAGAGUAAUGAGAGGUGAAUGAUUUUGGGAACGAAGUGCAGGAUACAGGUGAAGGGACCAAGGUGAGACAAUGCAAGACCAAAUAUAAGAAUGCAUUAGCCUAGUCAAGAAAGAUGCAGAUCAGAGUGAUUGCAAGGGAACAGAUAGGAUGCAAUGCUGCAACAGGUGAUGCAACACAACAAAAGCGGGUUUAGGGCAGCGUGACUGGCUCUGCCACACUGGGCUCUGAGCCUAGGGGGCGCUGCAGGGUGUUGCUAUGAUGUGGAUUGAGCAGAACGGAAGGUGGGGGGGGGUCCGAAUUUUGGCCCUACACAGGGUAUUGCUGAAAUUUGGAAGACCAAAGUCUGUUGCUGCAACACGCCGUGUCUAUGGCUUGAGUAUGGAGAACAAAGGCAACAGGCCUGUUCAACAGGGUGGAUGGCAACAUUGUCAAUUGAUAAGGAAAGAAUACAAGGAGAAGAGAAAAUGGGAAGAAAUGUGAGAAUUUCAGUCUUGGACAUACUGAGCUUCAAAUGAGGAGGGUGUCACUUGUCAAAUCCUAGUGCUGCAGCUAUAAGAAAAGCUACAGCUGUCAACAUUUCAUCUUUUGCACAGCUGCUAAGGUAAAGAAGCUUUUCUCUUUUCUUUCUGGUGACCCCACUUGGGAAAGGGAGAAAGCUAAGCAUCUUCUUGUAUUUGCAAAUCGUCCUAUGUCGACCUGUGACUUAGCACCAGGUUGGGGAAUCUUUUCAGCCCAGCCUUGAGGUCCCCAACUCCUGACGGCAUCUGCAAAGCUGAACUGAGAAGGGAGAUCCAAGCAAAGCUUGAAGUCCUGCUUGGAUCAGCUAGACUGGAGUUCCCAUUCCAAAACUCCUAAACCCUAGAGUGUUGCCAUGGUUUGGUAGCUCCUCAGGGGAAAGAAUCCCAGUGGGGCUUGCAUUUGGUGUCAAAUUUCAAAAGCAUUAAAUACAAGCUCCACUUGCCAAGGGACAAUCAGAAGUGCAUUUUAAGACUUCUGACUGUUUCUUUGCAGGUGCAGUUGUAUGUUGUCAUAUAUGGGGGGUGGGGUGGGCAUGGCCAAAUCAGAACCCACCGACCCCCCCAGGCAUGAUGGGGCCAAUGGGCUGGAGGUCCCUUACCAGUGACUUAGCAAUUAAGCCACACUUCCAAGCAUUUAAUCUUCAGGGUCUGGUAGUAAACGAAUUGUCAGAUGUCCAUAUUCCUUUGUGCCAUUGUACAGGUUCAAGCCUACCUUUAAGAAGAGCUGCUAUUAACUGAUCCCCAACUCACUGAUGUUUCCUUGAUUUCAGUGGAAAUGUACUUAAAGUUCGGAUCCCUGUUCCCUGUGCUAUGGCUCUUGGCACUUAGCUCCAGCAGGAUUCAAGCUCGGAAGAAUGCAGACAGCAAUGAGUUCCCAGAAGAUUCAUCGGAACUAAUCGACCCAGAACGUAAUUCUUUGGCUCCAGAUUGUCCUAAAAAAUGCACUUGCAAUCCAGAAGGAAUUGUGGAUUGUGGAGGGUUUUCACUGAAAGAAUUUCCCAUAGAUGUACCAGAAUUGACAAGCCACCUUUCCUUACAGGUAUUGUAAAACUAAACAUGGACUGCAAACUGUUUGUGGGAUCAGGCCCACAGUUUUCUUGUAGCUGUUUGUAAUGAUGCUUGUACAAUACAGGGCCUAAAGCAAAGGUAUCAAGUCUGUCUAAAGGAAAAGGUAUUAUGAAAAUAUUGAUUUGUGGCCUAUUUGUGGAAGAGUGCAGUGUGAGCUAAGGCAUUCUUAGCUUAUUGUGCUAGUCAUACAGGGUGCUUCCAGAUAGCUUGUUUACUGCACAUUCAUCCUGGUUUGUUUGCAGGGAGACUAGAUGACAGCUAUUUAAUGAACUUUCAUUCUGACUUAUUUGCAGGAGGUUAGAUAAUGUAGCAUCAAAGCAAGUGUUAUCACACAUUUCCCAGUGUAUUUCCCCAUCACUUUUCUUUUCGCAAGAAGUCCAGUCUUUUGGGGAGAUGGGGUUGCUGUGCAAGUCCUCCACUCAACUUAACAUCAUGUCAGUGUUGCUGUUGUCAGGCUGCAGGAUUCAGUCUGGAAGUGCCCCCAGACACUCAGCUAUAUUAUCAGUCAGGAUGCAAAAUUCUGCACAAACAUACGUUGUAAAUUUAGUAACCUUCCACAUCCACUAUGGCCUGCAUCCAAAGAACUGCACAACUUGUCUGCAUGCUUAAGGAAUGCUUGGGCUUACAUAAUAGCCACCCACAAUCCUCUUUUUGAGCUGAAGGGGGUUUUCAAAGCAGUUUGAAAUAGGAUGUGGGCGUUUGCACUUCAAAAAGAAAAUACUCUUUUUUUAAAAAUCAGCUCGGCUUGCCCAAGUUCUUAGGUGCCUCUAAAGCAACUCUUUGAUUCUGGCCCACAUGAUUUGCCUGGUUCUGUCUUGUGCUCUCUGUGUUUGCUGCAGCACAAGCAAAAGCUUGUGCUCCCAAGCAGCUGCAUCAGCAGGACAGAAGGCUGAACAGUUCCAUCCCACCAGCCCAUUUUAGAGAGAAGCGAUCCUGCCAUUCAAAUCCAGGUGAAGAUUCUCGGAAGCGCCCUUUCGUUUCAGUGGGAAUGUUCCCAUGUGCCUCGAGGUCCUGAUAAAUCUUUUCACUUCUUUCAGAACAAUCAGAUAGAAGAAAUCUUUCCAGAGGAGCUGGCACGUCUUUACAGGCUAGAAACACUCAACUUGCAAAAUAAUAGACUCACUUCCAAAGGUAAGCUGCAAAAAUCCAGACUGGCCUCUUAACUCCUGAUUCGCUGUCUUUCAUUGGACUAGGAGGAAUGUUGAUGCUUACCAAUGACUAACACUGCAUAUCACCCACUAGGAGGAGUGAAAUGUAAUUCGAUCCCCUCUUUCCUUGGCUUAAAGUAACUCUUGAUAGUAUUGUGAAGCCCUAAUUUCCAGAACUUUGUAAGUUUGGUGCUAUCCACAUGCAUGAUAUGUAAAAGAGCUACGUACAUACAGAUAUACAGAGAGAAGAGGGUGGGAAAGACAGAAUGAAGGCAAAUACUUUUGUGUAUACUCAGAACUCAGUUAUAGCUGGGGAGGAACACAGGUGGCACUGUGGUGUAAACCACCAAGCCUCUAGGGCUUGCUGAUUGUAAGGUCGGCAGUUCGAAUCCUGGCAACGUAGUGAGCUCCCAUUGCUCUGUCCCUGCUCCUGCCAACCUAGCAGUUUGAAAGCAUACCAGCCCGAGAAGAUAAAUAGGUGCUGCUGCGGCAGGAAGGUAAACGGCAUUUCAAUGUGCUCUGACACUCAUCACGGUGACCCGUUGCACCAGAAGCAGUUUAGUUAUGCUGGCCACAUGACCCGGAAAGCUGUCUGUGGACAAACGCCGGCUCCCUUGGCCUGAAAGCGGAGAUGAGUGCCUCACCCCAUAGUCAAAUUCGACUGGACUUAACUGUCCAGGGGUCCUUUGCCUUUACCUCUACCUGUAGCUGGGGAUGAAGAUUGAAGGGAUGUGGGUCACAUGGAAGAAGUGGGUUUUGAGGAGGGGUUUGAAGUGGGGAGAGAGAGAGCACGUGCAGGGACUGUGGAGUUGUUUAAGAUAGGCAGAAGGCGGUUUGGGAACUUCUGGUAAGAUCUCAUUGAGACAAAAUGAGGCAGUUACCUCAGGCAAUGGGUGUGUGUGUGUGGAUUUGCAUUCCCAGCCUCCCUCCCCCUCACCCACUGGCCUUGCCAGACAGCUACUGUCUGCCCACACAGCUACUCACAUUGCAUAUAUGUAGUUCUGCAGAGCCAUUCCCUGCUUUCCCCCUCUCUGCCACCACCAUGGCCCCCACUUGCUCACCUCUUUCCCUCAUUAACUGCUUUGCUGCUACUAAUUUAGCAGUGGCAGCAUUGGCCAUACCUCUGCUCCCUCUCCUGUUUGUCUUACUCUGAGGAAGGGCCAGGGAUUAUUCAUAGAAGGUGUUCUGGGCAAGAUGGAGAAAUCUCUAUCCAAAGUUCUGAUGGCGCAGGAAAUCUGGGCCCUUCAGAGUGAGGCUGAGGGGAGGAAGAGCCAGAGGCAAUAGCAUGGCCACUGGUGCCAGCUCAUUAGUGGUGGCAAAACAAUUAACAGGGAAGCCGGGAAAGGAGCAGAGAGGGAUGCUGGUGGAACACUUUGUGUUGCCUUUGUCUCUGGAUGAUUUGUAGCAGACUGACAUAAUUUUCAGAGGUCACAUCCACACUAUAGCUUAACUCUAACCGCACCCCUUCCCAAAUUAUGCUGCUGCAAUUAAGAAAUCUUGAGGAGAAUCCAGGUGUGUGCUUAUGUGUGUUCAAGUCUGGGACUGAAAACCAAUUAAUAGUCCAAGCUUAUGUUUGGAAGCACCUUGUUACUUCCUUCUAUGUGAAGGAAGCAACAUUCCAAAAAUUCAGUUGGUGGAGAAACUUCAGGUCUACGCUCUCAGUAAAAGGAAGGCCUUUUACUGGAGACCACAUUUAAGAGAAUAGGAGACCUUUGGUUGUCUGAGGGCAGGCAUGGCCAGAUAGCAUGGGCUUCAUGUAUAUGUCGGUCUUUAGAGAUCCAUUAGAAAUGCUUCACUGCAAAAAAAGAAAAGAAAAAGAAAGAAAAAAAAGAAAAUAGUACCCUGAUUAUGGACACAAGUACAAAUGUUAACCUACACCAGCCUACUCUGCAGACCCUUAAAGGCUAAAUCUAAUCCACAUCUUUUGUAACGACUUGUUUUUAUUUUGGGAUGCCAGCAUGCUCACAGCAUGCAAGCAUGCAAGCAUGUCAAAGAGGGCUUUGGGCUUAUAUUUGGGGCAGGGGUGGGGGGAGCUGCAUAGGAAGCUACAUUUGAAACUGAGGGGACUUUCAAAAGCAAAUUGUAAUCUGGAAUGACCUGCUGCUCAAAACACGAAAGAAAUUCUCACUGGAAAUGAUGAAACCUUUGGGUGUGGCUAAAGUAGCUCUUUGGGUUUCAACUUACGUAAAGAUAAAAAUUAAAUAUGAAUCUGAUAUUUCUAGUCAUUUUUUAAAGGGGAAGAAUGAUGAUCAUAGAUUAAAAUCCUUUAGUUGCUCAUUGGCGACUCCUGAGGGGUACUAAUUGUCAAAAUAUUCCUAUUAUUCGAAGGACUUCCAGAAGAAGUGUUUGACCAGCUGGAGAACUUGAAUUACCUGUAUCUUGCCAAUAAUCAGGUAAGCAAAUGUGGUCUUACAAGAGCUGCUGUUGGUUAUGUGUGUAUGGACUGGGGACCAGGAGCCCUUUUCAGCCAAGGGCCACAUUACCUCAUGGGGAACCGUGGUGGGAGCAUUAGAUAUUUCUUUUGCACUUAUACUGUAUUCACAGGGUUUUACACCCACCCACCCAGGCAAAUAAGAAGAGCGAUGACAUUUCAAGGACACAAUCUGGGCAGGCAAGAGCACACAAGGAGAGGGUGGAGCAAAAUCAAUGAGGGGUAUGGCAUGGAGUCUGGACAGAGAGGCCCAGAGGGUCACAUUUGGCCCCUGAACUGGAGGUUCCCCACCCUUGGUUGAGAUAAACACUUCACCUGGUUUCUUCGUUCAGUAUUGCUUGAGGAAUUUAUUCUUUGCAUGAACUGACUGAUCCCAGAGAGACAAAUGUGUGAAUCAGGACAGAGUUAUCUAUGUCACAAUGCAAUUCUUGGCUUGAAAAACAUAUAAAACUUAUGAAAUGUCCAUUUCAGAACAAAAUACAUUUGGAAAUGAAUAUUUUGUGAGAAAAUAUGUUGAAAAAUACUUAUUUAAAUUCACAUGUUUUAAAGUUAGAAAUGUAGAUGAAUUCAGAAACAAGACAGAACAGACUUAUGAAAAAGCACCUGUGAAACGGACAUGAGUUGAAAGAGACCGAAUCAUCCCUUUCUUCGUAACUAAAGAGUAGUUUGACAGUGGCUUGCUUUUCAACUGUAGUCUUUUGGCUUAGAGUGUUACAACUUUAAAGAUGCAGUAGGGACCGUGACGUGCUACAGACAGACAGCAGUAAAACAGUUUCAUGGUGUUCCAUAGCUGUGGCCAUUGAAACUUCCAUUUUCCACAGCACCGACUGUAUUGGUGUAGUAGUAGCUGAUCAUUGACAAUCUUAGUGGUCAUCGUAUCAAAGGAAACUGCAUUGACUCCACCAACUCUUUCAAAUGAGUUUACCCUGUUGUGGGUUAGGUGCAGUAUCAAACUGCUUCUCCAGUAACAUCAUGUCCUCUCCUCCCAUUUACAGCAAUUUUCCAUGUAACAGUUUUGGCAGUGAACAGCUGCAAAAAAAAGAACACGAGCCAGGCUGUGACUAAUAUUCCAGAAUGUUUCUGUCCAAUUCCACACACCCCCCCACCCAGCUCUAUGUGAUAAAAUGGCCAUUAACCUCCCUGUUCCUGCUGCAGAAGAAAAUUGUAUCUGAAUAAUAGAAGCAAAACUUUGAAGAUGGUAUACACAUGCAAACAUAGCUUGGUAGCUUUACAUAUUCAGAACCAUGGUGAAAAUACUGAGAACUGGGAGACUGAAGUAAACAGUGCAGUAUAGCCAAGGCCCAUAGCAUGAGGGCAAGGAUAUGCUGGAGAAAGGGUGCUUUCACGAGAAUCAUGUACUGUUAUGUGCUUGGCAACUUUGACUAGAAGACCACAUAUAAGGCAUGACGAUAAUAUAUAUACCUAUGCCAAAUGGAAAUAAAAAUCUCUGUAGAAGGAAAUCUAAAAUUCAUCCGAGAAAAUGUAACUUCUGAAACAGUAUUAGAAGUGGGACCUGCAACAAAAUGUUGCAGCGUGGAGUGUUUCUGGUUGGGAUGCCAGGCAGCCUGCCAUGCCCUUCUCCUGGAUUCCAUUUUUGUCCCAAAAUGUCAACCAGCAUUCUAUGAAAACUGAGCAUAUUCAGUCUUCAUUGGACUCUUUGGGGUGAAUCACCCUCACCUCGGUGGUCCCCCCCCCUUUGAAAUUGCUUUUGUACUUCUGUAAACCUUGGAGCUUCACUGAGCCUGUUGAUACAUUAUUUUGGGUAGUACCAUUUUGGCUAUGAAAGCAAAGCAUUAAAAGUUACAUAAGCUGAAUGUAAAAAAAUAAUAGUGGGAAUACUGUAUUGUACACAUAUUUGCAAUUUGAAACUCCAGAAUUUAAUUUCCCAACUCAUUUUUAAUUUAUUUAUUUUUAAAGAGACAAAUUCUUGGGUCUUUCCUGUUGAUAAUAUAUGUUAAAACUUAAAGCAAUUCAGAUCCAGUUCCCCAGCCUUGUGUUAUUGGCAAUGUUAUUAAGUAAUCACCUUGUCAAAUGCAGUAUGGUACUAAAAUCUUAAAACUAACAGGAUUCAUAAGUAGGAAUUUUGAAAAUAAACCACAUUAGAAGAGCACACAUUUAAAUUUUCCGCAAGCAAAUUUGUAUUAAAAGCAUAUUCUCUCUGAAUAAUUUUAUUUCUUUCACAAUGUUUUUCCUCUGUUCUGUACAAUGCUCAGCUUCCAACAGACACUACAUAAAUAUUGAAUAAUAUAUUCAUAGUUUGUCCAUUACAAUCCAACAUGCCUGCAGACAAGGUUACAGCUCACAAAGUAAACCCGUGUCUUUCAAAGAUAGCGUGAGAAGAAGUCCCCUUCAGAAAUUUGAUGAAAACUCAGAGGGGGAGCCUGUCAUAUACUCUUGUUUUCUCAUGAGAUUUUUCCAGGAAAGGUCACUGAACUAUUUCUUGAAAGGAUUAUAAACGUAGCAUAACAUUUAUUUACUCUCUGAAUCCACUAUUUCCCCCCAAUAUUAACAAAACAAAAUAUGUCUCAGUACAAACAAAACUCUUUCCAGGGAUGCUGAAACAAAAAAAUUAACUGUUUCCUACAGUGUUUACUUAUAUUUGUGAGGAAGACAGAAAUCCUCACUGCUGUGAGGGAGCUCCACUUUUCGGAGCUUGACCUUGUUAGGUUUCCUCAUUGAAACAAAUAGCCUGAUAAUCUUUUGUUGCAAAACUGGCAAUGGUGGCGGUUUGAAGCCUUGUGUCUCAGACCACAAUAUCCUCUUCUGGCACCAUAUUUUGUUUUCCAGCUCACGGCGGCUCCGAAAUGCCUCCCGAGGACCUUGAUCAGUGCUGAUUUUGCAGCCAAUAAUCUCACUAAGAUUUAUGAGCUCACAUUCGGACAGAAGCCAAACCUGAGGUAAACAGAGGGGUUAAGAGGCAACUGUAAGAGGAAGAAUGUCACACUGCUUCUGUGGCAGAUGGGGGAAGCAAUUGUUUAGUAAAAACCACUUGCGGCCUACAAAUUGUAGCCGGAGGAAGAGAAUUGUUUAUCUUUGAAGCAUAGCUGUCAAGUGUCCCUUAUUUGAAGGGCAAGUCCCUUAUUCCAGCGCCAUGUCCCGCUGCUGUCCCUUAUUGAUGGAUGUCCCUUAAAUGUCCCUUAAAUGAUGUCCCUUAAAUUUCAAAGGAAGCAGCUCCUCUCCCUCCCUCCCUCCCUCCCUGCCGGCCAGGGAGGAGGGAGGCUUCAGCUGUGUUGCUUGGCUGUGUUGUUCACCUAAUAAGAAGUCUAAGAACGACUGGGGGUGGAGCUUGCAUGCCUUGUGUUGAUCAAAUCGGCUGUGAUCACUGGGGACUCGCCUUUGCUCAGCGCUUCCCAGCAGAGAGGUGACGGUGGUUUUCCUUGAGGCUUGAGGCUUCAUUUGGCUGCUGGCUGGGCUUUCUGCCUUUGGCUCAGAGGGGCUCAGAAGUUGAAAAUACCUGUGCUGAGUGCUUGGAUCGGAAUCGGGUGGAUACAUCAUCGACAGCCCACUCACCCUUGCCGGCAAAAAGCUCUGCUGGAGCGGGGGCACAGGGUGGGGGAAAAGGAAAGGAGAUCUUGUGGGAGGGGGGGAGGCUGUGUGUGUGUGGCUAGUUAAUGCAAGCUGAGGGGUUUUUUGAAUGUUGGACGCCAUUUUGUUGCACGUGCUGCUGCAAGCUUUGCAGUGCAUAGCCAGGUCGGGGAGCCAUCUUAAGGUGAGGCUGCAUAGGCCUUGUGGUGCAUGUGAUUCAGAUUCUAUUCAGUUGAACCUCUGGUUACAAAGUUGGUUGGACAGUGUUCUCGAAGCUACCAGCAUGAGUUUGACCAGACUGCAGGAGGACAGGAAGACUGGAGUGCAGGUGAGGCUGCAGGUCCCUUAUUUUGGCUGCUGGUCCCUUAUUUUCAAGGCUGCUGGUCCCUUAUUUUCAAAUCUGUAAGUUGACAGCUAUGCUUUGAAGACAAAUUAAUUCUGGUGGCUUCUGUUGGAUAUCGUUUGCAUGCAAAUAGCAAUUGUGCUGGAAAGUGUCUCAGAGUACUGUAACAGAAAUUCAGCUCAUUGGUUUUGUGGUCGGUUUGUUCAGGAGUAGAGGUUCCCAACAUCACCCCGCAAAGAUUUGCUAGCGAAUACUUCAUAAACAAGAAUAAGGAAGACUACAUAGAUCAGGUAUGUGGCCCAGCAUUUGUUGGACUGUAGCACACAUCAUGCCUGAUCAUUGGCCAAGCUGGCUGAGGCUGAUGGGUACAACAACAUUUGGAGGACCACAUUUUCUCUAUCUAGUAAAGAACUCUGAUACAGAAUUCUCCUCCACAAUUUAUAGUUGAGGUUACCUUCAGUUUAGGGAGUUUGGUUUUGGGGGGUAAAGCUUUCUAUUGGGACUGCAGCAGGAAUAAAAAAACUAGGUGAGUAUCAGAGCUUCAGUCUUAUGUAGUCUUUAAGGUUCAGGAUCUGAAGGAAUAAAACUAGUGGAUCAUAAUGAAAAGCAAUGAGUGGCUCCUUAGGAGGCCUCAGGGCUCUCAGUACUCCAGCAACCAGGGUGGGCUAGUAGCCCCGCAUCCAAAAGGAUGGCAAUGGGUAGCAGUCAUCAGCCUGUAUUUAAGGCAAGGGCAGGCAACAUGACCUGGGGGCUCAGCCCAGCCCCCCAGGUUUCCCAUCUGCAUCCUCACAAUUGAUCCCAAGGCUCAACAAGGUGAGGAAGAGCUCCUGAUCAACAGUUUUUAGAGGUCAUUUUCAGAAAACUUUAUGAAACAAACCAAGUAGCUGUAUCUGCACUCAUUCCCAACUUAGUCUAUUUCCAUUUCUGGUAGGUCAGUGUACCUUCACAACAAUAAACUGGAAGAUGCUGGGUUACCAGAAAGCAUGUUCAAUGGUUCUGAUAAUGUGGAGGUCUUGAUCAUGUCCAGCAAUUUCUUAAAAUACGUUCCAAAGAAUUUACCAUCAGCACUGUAUAAACUACAUCUAAAGGUAAGAUGGCAAUUCUAUUACAGUAGUUCUUCUCCUUGGGGAUGGGAUUGUGUUUCUUUACAUGGCAGGAACUCACACUUUGUACCAGUAAAUCUGAUUCCUUUGAAAUCACCCCAUGUCUAUCUGUCUAUCAUGUUUGUGGGUUGUGCUCUCUGCCCAAGAGUAUCUGAGGUAUUCUAUGGCUAUGAGUGCUUAUGUCCAGCUUAGGCUUGUUUGCCAGCUACAGCCAUUCCUGGACUGGCAUAGCCUGGCCUCAGCUGUGCACAAUCUAGUGACCUGCUUUGAUACUUUAUGCACUUUACAUGGGGCUACCCUUGAAGGCUGUCUAGAGGCUGCAGCUAGUAGCUGUCAGCUAGCGUAGAAUGCAGUUGCUAUGCUGGAAAGUGGGGUACUUCAAUGGGUCCAUGUGACACAGGUCCUGAAAGCACUGUACUGUACUGGCCAAAUUCAAGGUGUCAGUACUAGCAUAUAAAUCAUCAUCAUCAUCAUCAACUUCCACAAAUUGCUUGGGACCCAAGUAGCUAAAAUAGCACCUUUCCCAAUACCAAACACCUCAGACCCUACAACUGGCAGAGAAGGCCUUGCUGGUAGUACCACCACUAGAGGCUGCCCAGUUGGCGUUGACCUGUAACAGGGCCUUUUCAGUGGUGGUUCCCCAGUUGUGGAAUGCCCUCCCUAGUGAGGUGCAUCUGUCUCCAUCGUUAUUAAUUUUCAGAAGGAAUUUGAAAACAUUUCUAUUUAUCCAGGAAUUUGUUAGCUGCAGAAAACUGUUUUUGGCAACUCUAAUAUCACUGUACCACCUCAGAGAUGUCCACCUUUACUUUGAGGACUAUGAUGUUAGGAUGAACAAAUUCAUGAUCUACUUCCUGUGUUUUUUAUGGCAGAACAACAAAUUGGAGAAGAUUCCUAAAGGAGCUUUUAGUGAGCUUUCAGGACUUCGAGAGCUGUAUUUGCAGAACAACAAACUGACAAAUGAGGGCAUGGACAAUGAAACCUUUUGGUGAGCCUGUUGAUUUUCUUUAGUGGAUGUCAGCCACAUGUUGCCUUACAGCUAUUCUACUUUGUUAAUAAUUUGUCAACACAUUAAGAACAAUAACAACGCAUCCAAUAAGCUCCUAUAAGCUGUGUUUUUUGUGAUAUUAUGAAGUACCUCUUCUUUCUUUGCUGCCCAUGGCACCCAUUUUGUGCUGGCAUGCACAACAUUUUUAUCAAUAUAUGAGCAUUGACACUUUUUUUUUUAUACCCAAAACAGUGCUGCAUAUGAGAAUAACUUUUCCUCUAUUUUUGUUAAACACUGCGAUUGAAUUGACUCAGAAAUCGAUUAAGUUAUCUCUGAAAAUAACUGUUCAUUUUCUGAGCCAAUGCAGAGCUUGGAAAAUAAUCCCACACUCUAUGCUUCCAAGCACCCAGAAUCAAACUCUGAUUUUAUUUUCUAGUUUAGAGCUGAGGAUUAAACCACACUUUCCUGACUGGGAUAUAAAGGGAAACUAUGGCUUAAUGAGUAUGAAGGUCUUUAAUUAGAUUAUAUGAGUAGUUAGAGGAGGGAGCAUAAAUGUUUUUGCAGAACACUUAAGUUCAAAUCAUAAGCUACUAAGUUGUUGCUGUUGUUUAGUUGUUUAGUCGUGUCCGACUCUUCGUGACCCCAUGGACCAGAGCACGCCAGGCACUCCUGUCUUCCACUGCCUCCCGCAGUUUGGUCAGACUCAUGUUUGUAGCUUUGAGAACACUGUCCAACCAUCUUGUUCUCUGUCGUCCCCUUCUCCUUGUGCCCUCCAUCUUUCUCAACAUCAGGGUCUUUUCCAGGGAGUCUUCUCUUCUCAUGAGGUGGCCAAAGUAUUGGAGCCUCAGCUUCACGAUCUGUCCUUCCAGUGAGCACUCAGGGCUGAUUUCCUUAAGAAUGGAUAGGUUUGAUCUUCUUGCAGUCCAUGGGACUCUCAAGAGUCUCCUCCAGCACCAUUAGGUUAGGCUAUAAAGUGGAGGUGGGUCUAGUUUUAUCAUUAAAUGGAACAUGUGGAAGAUAUGAGCAAAACUCACCUCCCACCCUUGCCUCCCCCUCUCCUUGUUCUAGCUGCUUGAAGAUUUUUUUCAUAGCUGUCUCACUUCCAGUAUUGGAACAGUAAUGGGUGUGACAAAUUUAAGCAGCGAUGUAAGGUAGGAUCCUUGGUGUGACAAUGAUUUGCAAGCUCAGUGGGUAGGAAAUAUAGAGCAAGAGGCUCAAUAGAUUCAUACAAAGGGUAGGGAUCAUGUUUGUACCCCAGUUCAGGAGUAGCCAAAGUGAUAUUCUCCAGAUGUUGUUGGAUUACAACUCCCAUCAUUCCCGAUUGUUGGCCAUGCUAUCUGGGGCUGAUGGAACCCAACAAUCAGCUAAUCUUGCUUCUGAUAUUGCUAGACACCAUCUUACAUCAACCCCAGCAGCUUGCCUAAAACUAAAAGGUCAAGGAUGAUGAGAGAUGGAGCCCAGCAACAGCUGGAAGGGCACAAGUUUCUCACCCCACUUUAUAGAUUUCCAUUCAUUUUUUUUAAAAAAUGUUUAACUAAGAACAUUCAUUUCACCCCUUUUUCUUCCAAGGAAACUUUCAAGCCUUGAGUACCUGGAUUUGUCCAGCAAUAACCUUUCCCAGAUCCCAAGUGGCUUACCUCGAAACAUCGUCCUUCUCCACCUAGAGAAGAAUGCAAUUAAGUCAAUAGGCAGGGAUGUCUUGACCCAGAUCAAGAACCUGGAAUACCUUCUGCUUCACAAUAACAAGUUGAAGGCCCGGGGGAUCCACCCUCAGGCUUUCCAUGGCCUGAAGAAGUUACACACAGUCCACUUGUACAACAACCAGCUGGAAAAGAUCCCCAGUGGGCUGCCCAGACGGGUUAAAACUCUUAUGAUUCUUCACAACCAGAUAUCAGAAAUUAACAGAAAUGAUUUUGCUACCACUUAUUUUAUGGAGGAGCUAAACCUUAGUUACAAUAAGAUCACCAGCUCACAGAUUCAUCGGGAGGCUUUCCGUAAGCUGAGGCUACUGAAAUCUUUGGAUCUUUCAGGCAAUAAUCUCAAUACCAUGCCUUACGGCUUCCCGAAGAACCUGCUAAGCCUGAAACUGAAAGUGAACGAUAUCAGCUCUAUUCCCAGGCGCACGUUAUCUGGGAUGUCAAAGCUGCAGGAGCUGUAUUUGAGCAACAACAAACUGAAAGUCGGUUCAAUAUACAGUGGGUCGUGGCAGGAUCUCACCAGUCUCAAGGUACAAGCAUAUCACUGAUAUUGUGUGACUAUUUCAUUUAGACAUAAACACAGGAAAAAGUCAAUACAUCAGCAAAGAAAUCCAACUUCCGUAAUUGAAAUAGAUUUUUCAAAGAGAAAAAAUUAUGCAAGUAUACUUACUAUGAAAAGAAAAGGAAGUAGAAUGUUUUGUUAUUUCACCACAAAAUCUGGAAGCUUGGGGAAGAUCUAAGGGCAGUACAUAAAGGCAAAGAGGGGGGCAUAGGUGUGUUGAGAUGCAAAAAAAUGGGUAGCAAGAAUUAUAAAGAGACAAACAGUUGGUGUUGUACAAUAGCAUUUCAAAGAGAGAUUUUCAAGGCCUCCAGUUUGUUUUAUGAGACUAGCAAUUAUAUGAUUAACAGUACAUGCAAAUGAGUUUUCAAGUGUAAUAAUUUAAAUUUGAAAUUGGUUAGAGGUAAUGGACUUCAUUUGCAGAAGUACACAGUUUUCAGCUAGGAUUGUGAAUCUCUGGAUCAGAGUGAACACUGUGUAAAACUCAAGGAGAUGGAAGCAGGGAACUGGGAAAUAUUUAUCUCCUCUGAUCUGAAGAUUGGUCCAAAUGGGCUAGUUACAGAUGUAACAAAUUCUACCAGGAUGGCAUAGUAUUGGUGCAGAAAAGCUGUAUGUUUUGGAAGUUGGUUUUCAGAUGGGAUGUUGGAGAAUUCAAUCAAAAACAGAAACAAGAGUGGAAAUCCCCACAGUUUGCAUGUUCAUUAGAGGUUAGGAACAGAAAUCAUGUAAGUGAAUAUGAGCAGUGUUCAGUGUCAUUGGGUUUUUCUGUACACAAAUGUUAGGUACAUAAUUACAUUAUUUGCUGUAUUGUGUUUGUCAUUUACCUUCCAAUGAAAUGCAUUUAAAUUAAUUAUGUAAUUAAUUUCCUUAGUUUCGGCCACAGCAGAUAGUGAGACUAAUAAUAACAUAGAUUUUAGUGAAAGCUGAACUGUAGUGCAAAGGAAACAGUGCUGACUGCAAUGAACCCAGGAUGGAACGGAAGUCACUGCCUCCUUACAUCUCUACUUUUCACUCAGAUGACAAGCCUGUAGAGCUGUUUCCAGAUAUGAAAAGAAGAAAAAUAUCAGAAGUUUUCUCAGGAAAAGGUGUCUUCAGAGAUAUUUAAGCUCAGCUCUAGAACCUACUGGUUUCCUGAGACAGGAUGGUCAAUGGAAGACUCCAGCAUCUGCACAGAUUUCUUAUGUUGCUCUUCCAUAAAGAUCUAUUGAGAAGGUCCUGCUGGCAUAAAGUUUAGAGAACCAGGAUUAUAUGAAAAUACAUUCUUGGUGGCUGCUUCACAGCCAUUAAACUCUCCUGGAGACCCUCCAGAUUCUGAACCUGAGCUUUUUUGGGGAAGUAUUGCAAACCCUUGUCACUAAGUAUAGCUUUCUGUAACUUUGGUUAAAAUGGUGAAGAGGAGGGCAUAUGUUAAAAUGGCUCACACACUAGGCUCUAUAGUUCAUUAAAACACACACACACACACACACACACACACAUACAACUUUGUGGUCUUGCAAUCUAUAUAAAAAAGUUAGUGGUUAUUGAAGGCGCAGAUUAUGACACUGCCCCACCCCCGCCAGAUGAGACAGGUGAGAAACAGUAAGUUAAUGAAUAUGGGUUUAGGUGUCAACCAUAGAUUUUAUUGUUAUUUAUUUUGCCUUUUAAACAACUCUGCUUUUCUUGGCUCCAGUUGGGACCAAAAAGCAAAAGUGCCCAAGUGGCAAAUUUAGCCAGAAACAGGCUGAACUAGUUUUUCAUAGAAAGAUGUUUUUGCGUGAUUUCCAGCUCUGUUUCUCCAAAGCCAAAUAUAUUGAGUAAUCUUUGUGUGAGAGCUUGAACCUCUGGCUGCUUCUCCAAUCUGCUGAUUCCAGUCUGGAAUGUUCUUCAGAAAGGCAGAAUCCUUUAAUUAUAUAAAUUUAAUAUUUAGCUCAUUUUCUUUUGAGUAAGGCCCUGUAGGAAUUGGGGGGAAUUGGAGCACUGCCUUUUGCAGAGCUUUGCUUUGCCUAUACCCAUAGGAUUUUUUUGGGGGGGGGGAAUUGUUUGUUUAAUAAAUUUGUGAGAAGACAGACAAUGACACCGUUUAAAGAAUGACGCUUGUUUAAGCCCCCAAAGGUCUGCUCACUCAACACUUUCCCAGAUUGAGGGUGGAUUUUUCAUGAUCACAAUCAUUUAACAUCACCAGUCCUGAAAAAAAAUUGGCCUGGGAGGAAUUCAGUGUUGCUUUAUGUGUAAAUCAUUAUGUCAGCACAAACAUUUCAGCUUGCUAGGUGGAAUUAUCUCCCCAUGUAUAUAUAUAUAUGUAUAUAUACAUAUAUACAUAAAUACAGGACGUGGGUGGUGCUGUGGGUUAAACCACAGAGCCUAGGACUUGCUGAUCAGAAGGUCGGUGGUUCGAAUCCCCGCGACGGGGUGAGCUCCCAUUGCUCGGUCCCUGCUCCUGCCAACUUAGCAGUUCAGAAGCACAUCAAAGUGCAAGUAGAUAAAAAGGUACCGCUCUGGCGGGAAGGUAAACGGUGUUUCCGUGCGCUGCUCUGGUUCACCAGAAGUGGCUUAGUCCUGCUGGCCACAUGAUCCGGAAGCUGUACGCCGGCUCCCUUGGCCAAUAAAGCGAGAUGAGCGCUGCAACCCCAGUCGGUCACGACUGGACCUAAUGGUCAGGGGUCCCUUUACCUUUACCUAUAUACAUAAAUACACACACACAUUGGAUAUUCAUUUAAUUCCUGAUGUUCAUCGUUAAUUUUAUAUUAACUUGAACCUUGCAUAGCCUAUGAUGUAAGUUAAUUGGAGUUGAAUUACCAUACGAUCAAUGUUAAUGUUGGCUAAUGGCUAACUUCAUCACCUCAACAGUCAAUCAAUGAGGCAGAAGUUAAAGUGAAUACACAUUUCAGCUGUACCCACUUAGCAGACAGUUAAGAUCAAACUUUGACGGUGGUGGUAGCUGACUAAAAAUAUAAGAAAAGAUGUAAUCAUGUUAACAAUAGUCUAAAAAUAAAAAUAAAUCUGAUAUUGAGACAAUCUGCAGGAAGUCACUGAAAGCAAGACCACUUCAUAAAGAUACCAAGUAAGCAAACUCUGGGCUGGCUGAGACCUCAACCCACUUGUAGCAAAUUUCUCCACCAUCCCUACACCUCACAGAGCUGCAAUCCCCCCCCACCUUAGCAAACUACAGUUCCCAGGAUUCUUUAGGGGAAGUCAUGGACUUUAAAUGUAUGGUGUAUACGCAGACUUAGACUUACUUGCAAGGAAACAAGUGUUUCCUUCUAUAAUAACAUUUGUUUCUCUGUAAAAAUGCUUCAUUCAAGUAUGUGAAUUGUGCUCUUCAUGAACUACCUCACUGGCCCAGGCUGGAGAGGUUACUGUGAGACAGCUCACUCAGGAGGUUAGUACAGUGGUACCUCGGGUUAAGAACUUAGUUCGUUCUGGAGGUCCGUUCUUAACCUGAAGCACCACUUUAGCUAAUGGGGCCUCCCACUGCCGCCAUGCUGCACAAUUUCUGUUCUCAUCCUGAAGCAAAGUUCUUAACCCAAGGUACUAUUUCUGGGUUAGCGGAGUCUGUAACCUGAAGCGUCUGUAACCUGAGGUACCACUGUAUCUGUUUUUGGAGAAUAUUCAAGUUUUUGCCUGGGGAAAAGCCCUCAAAGUCCACAGUAGGAGCAAACAAGCUUCAAAUGCAUAGCUUGAAGUCACAAGUCACAAGGCCAUUCUCUUCCCUGGGCCCUACUCAUGUGUCCAGAAUUCUGAGAAUUCUCAGAAUUCUGAGCAUCAAAUGCCAAACACUGUUGUGCGCGCUGCAGAUUCAACAGCAGCUGCAGCUGUUACUGUUCAGCUGGCCAGGCUGUCAGAACAAAGCUACAGGAAAUGGGCCAAGAGGAAGAAAGCUGAUGCAGAGGCAAUCAAGGAGGGAAGCUGGGACUGCUGCUCACUUGUUGCUAUGGCCACAUUUCAAUACAAAUGUCCAACAUUAGGUGGGCCAAAAGGAAGGGUAAUUGACUAGGACGAGAGACAGGGACCUGAAAGAAUGGUUUACAAGGCACAGGAGAACAUGUAAUACAGUGGUACCUCGGGUUACACACGCUUCAGGUUACGUAUGCUUCAGGUUACAGACGUCGCUAACCCAGAAAUAUUACCCUGGGUUAAGAACUUUGCUUCAGGAUGAGAACAGAAAUUGUGCUCCUGUGGCACGGCAGCAGCAGAAGGCUCCAUUAGCUAAAGUGGUGCUUCAGGUUGAGAACAGUUUCAGGUUACGAACAGAUCUCCGGAACGAAUUAAGUACUUAACCCGAGGUACCACUGUAAUCCAAAGGACCAGAGAAGGUGAAAGCAAGGGCCAAAGGAAAUAAAGCUGGGUAAAAGACAGCUGGGUAAGGGAAAGAUGAUACAUAUUCAGCUACAGGGCACUGAUGUGGCCACAUUAAUGAACUUGCUUCCAACCAUUUUGUGGGCAUCUCACCAGGCGCGUGUAAUGAAAUUAGGCUGCAAUCCUAGUAUACUUCCCUGGGAAUAGGGGAGAAAUCCAUUUCAGUUCACACUUAAAGGCGACCUUACCUAAUUUGUGCUUUCCAAAACAAUACACACAAUGCUUGUUUUGCAUGGGGGUUACCGGUACGUUCCGGACCCUGUGCGUGUUAGCAGGACCUGCAUAAAGAGUUCAGCCAGUUGUACCCUCGCUUACACAAAUUUCAAGUGCCUAGGUACUCAUCAUUUUUGUACAGUAUAAUCAAUCUAGCCCAUUUCAAAGCAAACUGAUUUCCAUUAAUUACUUCCAACUAAUGUUGUGCUGUCUGUUUUUCCAUUCAGAUCUUAGACAUAGCUGGCAAUCAGCUGACUUCUAUUCCCUCUGAUUUGCCAGAAUCUCUAGAGUAUCUGUACCUCCAGAACAACAAGAUUACCACAGUGCCAGAGAAUGCCUUUGAAUCCACACCCAACAUAAAGGGAAUUUAUCUCAGGUUUGUAAUCCAGAAGAAAGGUUCUCCUGCCUGACCGAGAUGCAUCCAGUCAAGGGCAAACCUGAGAAAACUCUUCUUUGGAAUACCUAAAGUGUUUAGACAGGCCUGGUGGGAUUUGUUGCAUGUUAAAUUGAACAACGGCCUACCACCCACUCAGUGCUGUAUCUAAAAUUAUCAUUAAGAGUCUCCUCUGUUUUAUAAGCGGUUGGUUAUGUGGCAUGAGGAGAUGCAAUUCAAGAAGUCUAAAGCCCUCUUGGUCAUGCAGAACCUAGCUGUGUGAUUGUUGAAUUCUGGCCAUAGCCCUUUCAGGUAACCAGAGUACAAAUGACCAACGAUCCAAACAUUCAGAUUACUUUUACCAAUCCAGAUGUGAACAUAAGGAGCGUUCUACUGGAUCAGACCAAAAUUUGAUCUAGCCCAGCAUCGUGCUUUCAGAAGUGGCCAACUAGAUGCCUAUGGGAAGCCUAUAAGCAGAACACGAGCAUGAUAGCAUUCUCCGAAUCACGUUCUGCAGCAACUGGUAUCCAGAUGCAUUCCGAAUCAUGACUAGUCAACCAAGUUGGGAGCCAUCACUAAAUUUUGUGAAAGUGAGUUCCAUCAUUUAGCUAUGCAGUAUGUGAGGAAAUACUUCAUUUUGUCUGUCUAGGAGACUAGAUGGAUUGUCUCUAGCAGGGCUGUCCAGAAGGUAGAUCAGAAUCUACUGGUCAGUCUUCGGGUUAAUAACAGUUUGAUUAUGAUGGAACAACCUCCCCCCUCACUCCUCCUCCAUGUGUUCUCCUGGUGGUUCUCCUGACGUCCCCACAGCUGAUUGAGGGGACUUGGGGGGGGGUGAGGAGAAUUGUACAAACAGGAGCACUUGCACUGGCUCCUGCUAGUGGGACUACUUAGUUGAAUCCAGCCCCUGGAGAGAGCCCUGGGGUUAAGUUCCAACACCAGAAACACUCUUCUUUUAUCUUCAAGGUUUAACAAGAUUGCAUUCAAUGCAGUAAAAGAAAGCACAUUCCAGAGGCUGAAACAUCUACAGGUAUUGGACAUAGAAGGAAACUUUGAAUUCAGCGACCCUUUGAAGAAUAGGGACCAUUCGGAGGAGGAAAUGGAAGAGGAGGAGGAGGAGGAAGAACAGGAGGUCGAAGAAUAAUGAAGAUAAACUUUGAUUGAACCAAGUGUAUCACAUGGUAGAAAAUUACUUUCAAUGCUUUUCUAGUUAUACUGUCUCUUUAUACAACCUGUUUUUCUACGGCACCCCCAGCCUGUACACAAAAUAAUAUUUGUGACCCAAUUCUGUUAGUGGUUGGGUUGACAGAUAAAUAUAUAUGAAGGUGCAUGAAUGUGUGCUGGUACAAUGUCAGAAGAGGAUACAUCACCAGGUGACCAAGUGUUGCAUAGGGAUAGCAAUAUGUGCCCCAACAGUAAUGCCUAAUCCCUUGUGGCUUUUGGGAAUGGCACAGUUAACUCACACAUGGUGCUUGUAUGUUUGCUGUAGUUACAUCAGUUUUCAUUCCUGAUCCUGUAGCUCAGGUGUACUUUCAGUUCAUAACCACUGUGGGAUAGCAUUAUUCCUAUAUGAGUAUGUCCCGGGAGCAUAGAAAACAGCCUCUCUGUGGCUAUCUCUAUGCACUGGCCAUACUUGCAAUGGCUCAUAAAGAGGUAUUUCUGUGGCUGCUGUGCAGCAUUAAAUGUAAGAAGCUGUUGUCUCCUGAAUCAGAUGAACCUUUGGUCCAUUUAGCUCAGUGCUGUCUACACUGAUUGGCAGCAGCUCUCCAGUGUUUUUGAAAGGAGUUUCGCUGGCAUCUAGCUGGAGAUGUCAGGAAUUAAACCUGAGCCUUUGGGCAUGCAAAUGCUCUACCACUGAGCUAUAGCCCUUUCCCAGUUUUUAACACUUCUUUUUUCCAAAGGCCUGUAAAAGCCUGAGUCUGGGGAUUAUUUGGAAGACUUGUUUUUAUUCAAGCUUUUAUUUUAUUUUUUGUUUUUAAUGAGAUUCUUAAGUCCUUUGCUUCUGAUUUCCUUGUUACUAACCACCCUGGAUAACUAGAUAAAGGUAAAGGUAAAGGGACCCCUGACCAUUAGGUCCUGUCGUGGCCGACUCUGGGGUUGCGGCGCUCAUCUCGCUUUAUUGGCCGAGGGAGCUGGGGUACAGCUUCCAGGUCAUGUGGCCAGCAGGACUAAGCUGCUUCUGGUGAACCAGAGCAGCGCACGGAAACACCGUUUACCUUCCUUGCACUGGUGUGCUUUCGAACUGCUAGGUUGGCAGGAGCAGGGACCGAGCAACUGGGAAUUCGAACCGCCGACCUUCUGAUUGGCAAGCCCUAGGCUCUGUGGUUUAACCCACAGCGCCACCCGCAUCCCAGAUAACUGGAUAGAGCAGGCUUUAUAAAAUCUAAACGAAUACAUUUCUGCCUUGAGUUCCCAUUCUUUGCUUAAGUUCUUGACUGCAUUUUGAAAGGUAGCUGCCAGCAUUAUGAACUGGGAUAAAAAUAAAUGAAUAAUAAGCUGGGAUGAACAUGCAACAAAUACAUGAUAAAAAUUUUGAUUCUCAUGUUUUUCAGGAACUCCUUCAGCAAAGCGGCAUGCAUCCCUGUGUUUAUGUAUCUAUAUAUAUCUGUAUCUCCAUAGAUAUACAGAGAGCACUUAGCAAACAGUGCAAUGAAUUUCAUGCAGGCGGUUGGCUCAUGUGAUGGUGCUUGGCCAGGCCAGCUGAAGAGAGUCUGCUCAUGUUGGGGGGAGACCUCCAAGUGCCACCCCACGUCUUAUACUUCAUCUUGUCCAAGUACUUUCUGGAUCAUCAGGGAUUCUGGGGGAAUUUUCAAAAGCUGGCUUUUGUUCCCCUUCUUUCACUUCUCUCACAGUUUUCCUAUGCAAAUGAAAGUGAAACUCUUUAAAGCAAGUUCCCUCAAACAGUGUUUCUGUGUCACUGCAUUUCAAUGAACCACUGUGCUCAGUGAUGGGAGAAGGGAGAGCAUCCCGUGUGGUUUUGUUUUGUAGAACAACCUGAAGCAUCUCAGAACCAUCAGAUGGCAAUAAGACUGACUUACCACACUGGACAUUUCUGUCCCCUUUUUUGGUUCAGUUCAGUAUGUAUAUUUGGAUUAAGAAAGAAAUCCUAUUACGGCUGGAUCCCAUAUAUAAUUUAUCCCCAUUCCCAAAGCCUGCAAUAUGCAUCCACCUUUAUGAAGGUUUAAAAUAUCAAAUUAUUAUGUUUUGUGAAAAUUAAAAUAUAUUUUUGCCUUUGA